AUUGAAAGAAACCUUCUUAUCGAUUUUAUGGCAAAAUUUUGAUGGGAAUUAGAGAGUCAAAGACCGUAAACGAAAUUUGUUUUGGACUUAUUAGUAAUGCGAAAAUAACACUCCUGCUCAUUAAUUUAAUCGGUUUAAAACUGAAUCAUUUGGCCUGAGUCAGUUUGUUGAAAUUUGCCGAAGGGGAUUUUUAGCAGAUAUUACUUCAUCAUUUGAUCAGACAAACCAUUAAAUUAUUCAUACGUAUUGAAAGAUUCCCAUUGGCAACUGCCACUGCCAAUAAGUUCAAGUUCAAUAUUUCCAAGCUGUUGCCAAUAAAAUGCAAAAACCUCCCUUUCAAUGACCCCGACUUUCCUCAAAAGUUCAAAAUGUAAAUUCCUCCCUCCACACUUCAACUCAACAAAAUCUGCAUAAAAUGCACCUGAUCUAGUCACCGUUGGCCCACGGCAGAACACCACUUCAGUCGGCACAAUGUCUUGCCACGGACUACUUCGAUUGGCCAUCCUGCUGGCCACCAUCCUCGCUCCGGUGACAGUGGUCCUUGCCACCGACAAGGAGGCCGCCACCCGGAUCGUCGAUUCCAAAUGCCUGGACUACGUCAACAUGGUGUCGACCCCGCACGACAUCAUCACGCUCGACCUGGACUCGCCCGUCCGGCAGUCGUACACGCUGCAGUGUCCGCUGCAGAAUCCGUACGUGGUCGGCGGGAAGGCGGUCCAGAAGGACGAGUUCCCGCACAUGGUGGCGCUCGGGUAUGUUGCGCCGGCUUUCCAAAAAAACAAUUGGAAGUUCCAGUGCGGCGGAACGCUCAUUAGCGAACUGUUUGUCCUGACGGCGGCCCACUGUAUCAAUCGGGAUUUGCGGAUCGCUCGGUUGGGGGUUGUGGACGUCGACGAUCCGGACGCGCAGGAUUUUAGAAUAGAGGAGGAAAUCAUCCACGAAGAGUACUCUCCCGCGACCAAGUACAACGACCUGGCGCUGCUUCGGCUGGACCGGAACGUGACCAUAACGUUGCACCUGCGACCGGCCUGUUUGGCGACGGAUCGUGCCGAGCGGAACCGGCGGGCAACUGUGACUGGGUGGGGCAAGACAGGGAGGGAGGGCGAACCAUGCCGCUUCCAGAAAGGCCCUGGUGUCUGCAUCGGCUACAGCACGUGUCGUCCGCUGCUGGAGUCCCUCAACGGGCGCAUCUCGAUCUGUUCCUACAACGCCCGCGAGGCGGUCGUCUGCUGUCCCCAGGACUACCAGUCCCAACUCCAAACACUGGCCGCCGCGCAGCAAAGCCUCACGAUUAGCGCGAAAAAGUGCAUCGAGUACAUGCGACUGGCGACGCCUACCACGAUCUUCAGCUCGCUGAAACCGAACGCCGAAGUGGUCCAAAAGAAGAGCAAGCUCUGCUCGAACGACAACAAUCUGAUCGUAGGAGGCGAAGCGGCCAAACUGGGCGAGUUCCCCCACAUGGGUGCCAUCGGCUAUCGCAAUCCGGACACCGGUCGGGUUGAGUUCCGCUGCGGGGCGACCCUCAUCUCCGAGCGGUUCGUCCUGACGGCGGCCCACUGUCGGAAUGCGGACGCCGUCGUUGUGCGGUUAGGGGAUUUGGAUUUGGAGAGCGAGGCGGACGGAGCGGAUCCGAGGGACUUUGAGAUUGAGGAGUUUAUCAAACAUCCGGAGUACACGUCGCGCACCAAGUACAAUGAUAUCGCGUUGGUGCGGUUGGCGACGCCGGUGCAGAUCAACAGCCGGAUACGGCCGGCCUGUCUGUAUCAGUCGAAGGAAAUCCGGCAGCAGAAGCUGAUUGCGACCGGGUAUGGCGCGAUGGAGAAUUUCGGCAGCAACGCGAACCAACUCCUCAAAGUGGUGCUCGAUCAGUACACCCAGGAAGCGUGCCAGCAGGCCUACGCCAACGAUGGACGGCCCCUCUCGCGGGGCAUCGUCGACAGUCAGUUCUGCGCGGGGUACGAACCCGGUGGCCGGGACACCUGCCAGGGCGAUUCUGGCGGCCCGCUGCAGGUCCGGGACGAGCAGGACAGCUGCCGGUUCUACGUGGCGGCGGUUACGUCGUUUGGCAAGUUUUGCGGCACUUCAACGCCCGGCAUCUACACCCGGGUGGGGGCGUACCUCGGCUGGAUCGAGCAGAUCGUGUGGGGGAACGGCCAAAGUGCAGUUUGAGGAAGAGAAGAAGAAGAAGCUGGAUUUUUUUUUUUGCGGGAAAACCAAACAUAAAAUUAUAAUCGGGGGAAAAAAUGCAAAUAAACAACGUGACGCGGCGUCGGUUUUCAGUGUUAAGAGGGGUCAGAGAGGGAGUGUUAUUCCUGCUCUUUGAGAGUCUUUGAGAGCAGCCAGGGAGUAAGAGCUAAGCCAACCCAUUGGCUGGAAGAAACUCAAGAGAGAGGCGAAUGACGAGCGCGCGCGGAAAAACCUUCUCAAAGUUAGCAAACCUGUUUUUGAAAUGAUAACAGAACCGUCCGGUGUAGUGAUUUUGGACGAGGUUUUCAUAGUGCUGAAAUAAAUUCGUUGAUUUUUUAAUAA